AUGUUUCCCUUAGCUGCUGCCCCUGAGGGGACAGCAGACUUUCUCUUAUCGGAGGCAGCAGCAGCAGCAGCAGCAGCAGCAGCAGAAGCAAAUAUGGAGAGUUCAGCAGCAGCAGGAGAUGCAGCAGUAUCUGCAUUAUAUAAUUAUCCUUAUAGCAGCAGCAGCAGCAGCAGCAGCAGAAUAGGUCAUCGCCGCAGCAGCAGCAACACAUUAUUUGGUGUAACAACAGCAUUAGCUGCUGCUGCUGCUGUUGCGCUGCUGCUGUCUUUCUGCUUCUUGCUGCUCAAGAGACACCGCAGCAGCAGCAGCAGCAGCAGCAUCAGAUACACCCCACGUAUGAAUUUGCGGCUGCUGUCUAGCAGCAACAACGAUGAGGAAGACCAAGACCUCUGCAGCAAUGCAGCAGCAGCAGCAGCAGCAGCAGCAGCAGCAGCAGCAGAAGAAGAAGAAACAGCAGCAGAUACAACAGGAGUAGCACAAGCGCUUACACAGCAAGCACAUGAAGCAGCAGCAGCAGCAGCAGCAGCACAGUUAGCUGCUGCUGCAGCGACAGCAGCAACAGCAGCAGGAGACGGAGCAACUGGACCACCACAAGCAGCAGUAGCAGCAGCACAAGGUGUACUACCACCAACAGCACCUGCAGCAGCAGCAGUACCUGCAGCAGCACCUGCACCUCCAGCAGCAGCAGCAGCAGCAGCAGCACCUCCAGCAGCAGCAGCAGCAGCAGCACCACCACCACCACCACCACCACCACCACCUCCACUUCCUACAGAGCCACCACCACCAUUACCACCACUACCAACAAUGCCACCACUACGCCCAGUAGCAGCAGCAGCAGCAGCACCAGCAGCAGCAGCAGCAGCAGCAGCAGCAGCACCAGGAGCACCUCCACUUCCUACAGAACCACCACCACCAUUACCACCACUACCACCAUCACCAUCACUACCACCCAUGCCACCACUACGCCCAGUAGCAGCAGCAGCAGCAGCAGCAGCAGCAGCAGCACCUCCAGCAGCAGCAGCACCGGCAGCAGCAGCAGCACCACCACCACCACCACCACCACCACCAUUACCACAACUACCACCAAUACCACCACUACGCCCAGUAGCAGCAGCAGCAGCAGCAGGACCUGCAGCAGCAGCAGCAGCAGGACGUGGAGCAGCAGCAGCAGGACCUGCAGCAGCAGCAGCAGCACGACCUGCAGCAGCAGCAGCAGGACAUCCAGCAGCAGCACCUCUACUUCCUCCAUUACCCCCAGUAACACUACCACCAAUACCAGCACUAAGACCAGUAGCAGCAGCAGCAGGAGCAGCAGCAGCAGGACCUGCAGCAGCAGGAUCUAUGCUUCCUCCACCACCACCACCAACCCUACCACCAAUACCAGCACUAAGACCAGCAGCAGCAGCAGCAGGAGGAGGAGCAGCAGCAGCACCUGAUUCAGGUGGUAGUUUCCUGCGUCAGCACCUGCUGCAGCACAAGCAGCAGAUGCAGCAGCAGCAGCAGCAACUGCAUGCAGCCUCUCUUGCUGCAGGAGAUGAAGAAGCAUGGCUAGAUACAAGUGAUGUAGAUGACGAGGAGACAGAUGACGAGGAGACAGCAGCAGCAGAAGUAGAUAAGGCAGCAGCAGCAGGUGCUGCUGCUGCUGCUGCUGCAUUUGCUGCAACAGAAUCUCCAUUUAGUGCUCCUGCAGAAGUAGCAGCAAGACAGCGAGCAGCAGAUGCAGAUGCAGCAGCAGCAGCAGCAGCAGCAGCACGGACAGCACAAGCAACAAGAAAAAAAGGAGGAGCAGCAGGAGAAGAAGCAGCAGGAGCAGCAGGAGCAGCAGCACAAGUACGUGAUAUAGGAGUACCUCCUGCUGCUCGUACUGGUCGUGCUGCUCGUUCUGCUCGUGCUGCUCGUGCUGCUCUUGCUGCUCCUCAUGCCCUUAUGCCUAUGGUGUCUCCUGCAGCAGCAGCAGCAGCAGCAGAAAGCUUCAAGGAGCUGCGCACGCGUUAUCCCCUUAUGUCCCAUUUGCUGCUAACAAAAGAAGAGGAGUUACCUGCACUGCAGCAGCAGCAGCUGCUGCAGGAGCAGCAGCUUCUGCUGCUGCAGCAGCAAUCUCUUACACCCGAGGAGCAGCAGCAGCAGAAGGAGCUGCAGCUGCAGCUAAGGUUGCAUCAGCUCGAGCAGCAGCAGGUCGAGCUGCAGCGGAGGAGACAGCGGGACCACCAGAAGAGGCUGCAGAUGGAGCUGCAGCGCAUGCAGCAGCUGCAGGAGGAGAUUAAUCAGCAGCAGAAGCAGCAGCAGAAGCAGCAACAUAUGCAACAAAAGAUGCAACGACAGAUGCAGCAGCAAAUGCAGCACAUGCAGCAGCAGCAGCAGCAGCAAAUGAUGCAGCAGCCAAUACAGCCAUCGCCUCUCCCCACAUUGCAACAGCAGCAGCAGCAGCAGCAGCAGCAGCAGCAGCCGAUGCAGCAGCAGCAGCAGCAGCAGCAGCCGAUGGAGGAACCGGAGCCGAUGGAGCAGCCGGAGCUGAUCGAGCAGCAGCAGCAGCAGCAGCAGCCGGUGGAGCAGCAGCAGCAGCCGAUGCCGCCACCGUCACCCCUGCAGCAGCAGCAGCCAUUGCCGUCACCGUCACCGCUGCUGCAGCAGCAGCCGAUUCCUCCACCGUCACCCCUGCAGCAGCAGCAGCUGAUGCCGCCACCAUCACCCCUGCAGCAGCAGCAGCAGCUGAUGCCGCCACCGCCUCCACUGCAGCAGCAGCUGGCGAUGCCGCCGCCACCACCGCUGCAGCAGCAGCAGCAGCAGCAGCAGCUGCAGCCACUACAGCAGAAGAAUAGAAGGAAGAGAACAAGGCCCGAGCAAUAUCUACCGGAGGCAGUAGCAGCAGCAGAAGAAGAAGAAGCAGCAGCAGAAGCAAGAAGAAGAGCAGCAGUAGCAGCAAUAGCAGCAGGUACCUCAUAUCCAGGAGGGCCAGCAGCAGCAGCAGCAGCAACAGCAGCAGCAGGAGUUUUGCCGCCGUGGAGUAGUGAAUGGGGACCACGACACGUAUACUUCCCUGGUUUAGUCAGCAGCAGCAGCCGCAGCAGCAGCAGCAGCAGCAGCAGCACCAAGAGCAGGAGGAUGCAGACAGCAGCAAUGAAGAAAUAUCCUGGAGAGACACCAUCAGCAGCAGCAGCAGCAGCAGCAGCAGCAGCAGCAGCAGGAAUAAGUACAAAAGGCAAAACACCAGCAAAAAAAACAGGAGCAUCAGGAGCAGCAGCAGCAGGAGCAGCAGCAGCAGGAGCAGCAGCAGGAGCAGCAGGAGGAAAAGGGAAAGGGAAGAAAAGAAAAAGAAGAGGAGGAUUAGAGGCAGGAGAAGUAAUUGGGUAUAGUAUACAAGAGAUAAAAGGAGGAGAAAAAGGGACAAAAAAGAGACAAAAAAGAAGAAAGGAGACAGGAGGAAUAUAUGAUGAUGAUAAGCCAUCUACAUCUGCUGCAGCAAUAGCAGCAGCAGAAGCAGCAGCAGCAAGAGCAAUAAGAAGUGCAAGAGCAAAAGAAGCAGCAAGAGAGAGAGAAGAAGCAUUAGCAGCAGCAGCAGCAGCAGCAGGAGCAGCAGCAGGAGAUAUAGAUUCAGAUACAGAGGAGACACUAUUACUAGAACAAUUAAGUACAUUAAUAAGAAGAGAGACACAAGGAGACACACCAGCAGCAGCAGCAGCAGCAGCAACUGCAGCAACUGCAACAACAGCAACAACAUCAGCAGCAGCACAUCAUCAUCAUCAUCAUCCAUCAACAUCAUCAGCAGCAGCAGCAACAGCAGCAGCAACAGCAGCAGCAAGAGGAAGAGCAGCAGCAGCAAGAGGAGCAGCAGCAAGAAGAGAUCUAAUUAUAUCAGGAGAAGGAGAAGAAGAUGAGGAGACAGAGGAGGAGACAGGAGAGGAGGAGGAGGAGACAGGAGAGGAGGAGGAAGAAGAGGAGGAAGGGGAGGAGACAGGAGAGGAGGAAGAAGAGGAGGAAGAAGAGGAAGAAGAAGAGGAAGAGGAGGAAGAGGAGGAGGAGGGGACAGAAGAAGAGACAGAAGAAGAGACAGAUGAUGAUGAUGAUGAUGAGGAGACACCUGAUGAGGAGACACUUGAGGAUACACCAGAAGAAGGAGAAGAAGGAGGAGAAGAAGAAGGAGGAGAGGAGACAGGAGAGGAGGGAGAGGAAGAAGGAGAGGAAGGGGAGGAGGAGGAAGAAGGAGAAGAAGAGGAGGAAGAAGAAGAGGAGGACGAGGAGGACGAGGACGAGGACGAGGACGAGGACGAGGAGGAGACACUUCCUCAUCUCCCUUCUUAUUUAUACAAAAAGAAACAAAGGCAGCCCUUCUUAUCUCGUUCUUUUAUUGAUUUAUUAAGGACACGUGCUGCUGGUGGUGGUGGUGCAGCAGCUGCAGCAGCAGCAGCAGCAGUAGCAGCAGCAAAAGCAGCAAAGAAAAAAAGAAAAGAAAAAAGAGCAGCAGCAAAAGCAGCAGCAGCAGCAGCAGCAGCAGCAGGAGGGGGACCAAUGCAUAUAAUAAAAAAAGAAAUAAAAGAAGAAAGAUUAGAUGCUUAUGAAGGUUAUGGGCAAAUGCCUCCUGCAGCAGCAGCAGCAGCAGCAGCAGCAGCACAGGCAGCAACAAGUAGAAGGGAGAGCGUAAUUGUUACUGCAGCAGAGAGCCGCAGACGCAUGCAACAAUAUCCUGUGUAUACACAGCAGCAGCAGCAGCAGCAGCAGCAGAGGCAGCAGAGAAUGCAGCAGCAGAUGCAGAUGCAGAUGCAGCAGCAGAUGCAGAUGCAAAUGGAGCAGCAGCAGCAGCAGCAGCAGCAUGCAUUGCAGAUGCAGAUGCAGCGUUAUAGGAUGAUGCAGCAGCAGCAACAAGGGGAGCAGCAGCAGCAACAUCAUCAUCAUCAGCAGCAGAUGGCAUUAUUUAGGCGGCAGCAGCAGCAAUUGCUGCAGCAACAUCAGCAGCAAAUGCAGCAGCAGCAGCAGCAGCUAAUGUUACAUCAUCAACAGCUACAAAGACAGCAGCAGAUAUUACAACAUCAGCAACAGCAACAGCAGCAGCAGCAGCAGCAGCAGCCGCAGUAUGCUCACCUCCUGCAGCAGCAGCAGCAGCAACUCCAACAACAGCAGCAACAGCAACUCCAACAGCAGCAGAUGCUACCACCACCACCACCACCACAACCCCAACAACAACAACAACAACAGCAGCAGAAAGAGCAGCAGCAACAGCAGCAGCAACGCAUGCAGCAGCAGCAGCAGCAGCAACGGGGGCAGCAUCGUUAUCAUCCUUAUGGGCAACCGACGCAGAUGAUGCAACUGCAGCAGCUAUAUCAUCUGCAGCAGCAGCUGCAUCGUCAGCAGCAGCAGCAGCAGCAGCAACUACAUCAUCAUCAGCAGAUUAUUCAACAGCAGCAGCAACAACAAAAACAGCAGCAGCAACAACAGCAAGUGCAGCAGCAGAUGCAGCAACUACAGCUAAUACAUGAACAAAAACAGCUAAGAAAAAAGAAACAGCAGCAGCAGCAACAACUAAAAAGACAGCAGCAGCAGCAGCAAAAAGCGCAGCAACAACAACAGCAACAACAACAACAAAGACAAAAACAGCAGCAGCAGCAGCAACAGCAACAACAAAGACAAAGACAGCAGCAACAAAAACAACUGCAACAGCAACAACAAAAACAAUUGCAGCAGCAACAAAGACAACUGCAGCAGCAGCAGCAACAACAACAACAAAGACAAUUGCAACUGCAGCACCAAAGACAACUGCAGCAACUACAGCAAUUGCAUCAUCAACAGCAACUGCAGCAGCAGCAGCAGCAGCAGCAGCAGCAUCCAUAUUAUCCAUGGGGUAUAGCAGCAUCAAGUAGUACAUAUUAUCCUCCUUUACCUUAUUCUCCUUCUCCUUCUCCUUCUGCAGCAGCAGCAGCAGCAGCACCAUUAUCUGCUGCUGCUGCUGCUAUACCUGGUCCUAGUUCAUCUUCUUCCUCUUCUUCCUCUUCUUCCUCUUCUUCUUCUUCCUCUUCUUCUUCUUCUUCUUCCUCCUCCUCUGGUGGUGCAGCAGCAGCAGCAGCAGCAGCAAGACAACAACAACAGCAACAACAACAUCAUCCUUCUCCUUAUAUAAUGCCAUCUGCUGCUAUUUCUUUCCCUCCUUUUGCUGCUCCCCUCCCUCCUCCUCCUCCUCCUCCUCCUCCUCCUCCUCCUGCUCCUGCUGCUCCUGCUGCUGUUGCUGCUGCUGCUGCUGCUAGUACAACAGCAGGAAUACUGCUGCAGCAAAUACCUCAGCAGCAGCAACCUAUGUCUUUGCUGCAGCAUCUGCAGCAGCAGCAGCAGCAGCAACAGCAGCAACUGCAGCAGCAACUGCAGCAGCAAAGAAUGCAGCAACAAAGACAACAACUUAUGCAACAAAUGCAACAACAACAAGGAAAAGAAAAAGAAAAAGAAGAAGGAAAAGAAAAAGGAAAAGAAAAAGGAGAGGGAGAAGGAAAAGGAGAAGGAAAAGAAAAAGGAGAAGGAGAAGGAAAAGAAAAGGAAGAAGAAAAAGAAAAAGAAGAAAAAGAAGAAAAAGAAGAAAAAGAAGGAGGAAAGGAAGAAGAAGAAGGAGAAGGAAAAGAAAAGGAAGAAGGAAAAGGAAAAGAAAAGGAAGAAGGACAACAAACAGAACAACAGCAACAGGAGCAGCAGCAGCAGCAGCAGCAGCAGCAGCAGCAGCAGCAGCAGCAGCAGCAACAGCAGCAGGAGGAGGAAGAAGAAGAAGAAGAGAAUAAAGAAAUAGAGGAAGAACAAGAAGAAGAAUUAAGAAGAUGGCAAGAUUAUACAUCAUUAAUACCAUUAGAUACAGAU